AUGGAGGUUCAUACUCGGAAGGUUCACUACUCGAAGGUUCACUACUCCGAAGGUUCACUACUCCGAAGGUUCACUACUCCGAAGGUUCACUACUCCGAAGGUUCACUACUCCGAAGGUUCACUACUCCGAAGGUUCACUACUCCGAAGGUUCACUACUCCGAAGGUUCACUACUCCGAAGGGUCACUACUCCGAAGGUUCACUACUCCGAAGGUUCACUACUCCGAAGGUUCACUACUCCGAAGGUUCACUACUCCGAAGGUUCACUACUCCGAAGGUUCACUACUCCGAAGGUUCACUACUCCGAAGGUUCACUACUCCGAAGGUUCACUACUCCGAAGGUUCACUAUAG